AUGCCAUCGCGCAAUCGAGGUUCGAGAAAGAAAGGCGUCAACGCUGGCGGGAGGACGAAGACUUUGCAGAGGCUUGUUGUGCCGAAAACCGUCGAGGCUCGCGAGGGGUCUUCCGGCGGCAUCAUCCAAGUUGCUUCCGCCACCUCCUCCACCCGGACGGCAUCGACAAGGGGGACUGGCGAUCGGAGCGAGAUUCGGAUCAGAUCGACCAUCGGCGGAGGGCCUCGGCGGAGGCGAACACGGCCGAGUCCGUCGGGAAUCAAUCAAACCCCGACCAACGUCCUCCAGGUUUUCGUCUUCGGUUGCGGCGAAAAUGGCGAGCUCGGCCUCGGCUCGAUGCGCACAACAGCGCACCGUCCUUGUGCCAACCCCUUUCUCAAACCUGGCGACCCGUUCAAGCUACACGUCGUGCGUAUUGCGUGCGGCGGUAUGCAUACGGUCGCCUUGACGGCGGACAACAUGAUCGUCACGUGGGGCGUCAACGACAACGACGCCCUGGGAAGGAACACCGACUGGAACGGCGGCGGCUGGCUCGACUUUGAGCCGGACGGGGAGAAUGGAGAGCUGAACCCGUUCGAAUCGACGCCGACGGCGAUUCCGGCAGAGGCGUUCCCCCUCGACACGACCUUUGUCGACGUCGCCGCCGGGGACAGCUGCAGCUUCGCGCUCACCGCCACCGGCCUCGUGUAUGGAUGGGGUACAUUUCGAGAUCCCGACGGCAGGGAGGGUUUUGGCUACGCUCCGAACGGAACUCGCAUCCAGAGACAAGCCACGCCGACGCUCGUUGUGGGCCUCGAGAACAUUACCCAAAUCACCUGCGGCGCGAACCAUGCUCUCGCCCUCGACCUGGCCGGCAACAUCUGGGCCUGGGGCUCGGGCCAUCAAAAUCAAUUCGGUCGUCGCCUUUUCGGACGCCACAAGGACGGUCUCCGGCCGCACCCUGUCCGGUGGUGCCGCAAAGGGGCGAGAUACAUUGCCUGCGGAGAGUACCACUGCUUCGCCGUCGAUCGAAAGGAUGACGUUUGGGGAUGGGGCUUGAACAGCUUUGGCGAGGCCGGUGAUGCCACGACGGCGGGAACCAACUCGGCCCUUUUGCCUUGCCCGAGGAAAAUCCAGCAUCUCUGCGGCAGAGGAGUUACCGUGCUCGACGGCGGCGCCCAUCACUCGGCCGCCGUGACGGCCGACGGCCAGUGUCUCGUCUGGGGUCGCAUCGACAGCGGCCAGCUCGGCAUCGACUUCACCGCCAGCCAGCUGCAAGACCCGACCCUCAUCCGAUGCGACGCACGCGGCAGGGCGCGCAUUUGCCUUUGGCCCACCGUCGUUCCAAACAUUGGCAAGGGCGUGCACGUCGCCUGCGGAAGCGACCAUACGAUAUUCGUCAACGAGCACGGCCACGCCUUCGCUUCCGGGUUCGGCUCCGAGGGCCAACUUGGCCUUGGGUCGGAUGCCGACGUUUGUAUUGCGCAGCGAAUCGCGAGCGAGGACGUGAAAGGCCGCUUUCUGACCUGGGCCGGGGCGGGUGGACAGUUUUCUGUCGUUGCCGGACCAGCCUGA